CAUUGUCCUCAUUCAUUUGAACACAAACUUCCUUAAUAAAUACUAAAAACUAUGAGCAAACUUCUCACAAUUCUUAGAAUAAUUGUCUUUCAUUUCUGCCUUGUUUUUUCUUUUAGAAUCUGCUUAAGGAUGGGUUCAGUUGAUUCAAGCAAACCUCAUGUAGUUUGUGUCCCAUAUCCAUCACAAGGCCAUGUCAACCCCAUGAUGCAACUAGCCAAGCUUCUACACUCUAGAGGCUUCCACGUAACCUUUGUCAACACUGAGUUCAACCACAACCGUCUGAUCCGGUCCAGAGGAGCGGACUCCGUCAAGGGCCUACCGGACUUCCGGUUUGAGGCCAUACCGGAAGGUUUGCCACGGUCGGAUCGAGAUGCGACCCAAGAUGUCCCAGCGCUGUGUGAUUCAACCAGAAAAAACUGUCUAGCUCCAUUUAAGGAGUUGCUGCUGAAGCUGAACUCAUUGGCACCUGAAAAAGUGCCUCCUGUGACUUGCAUAAUCUCGGAUGGAGUGAUGAGCUUUGCGAUCAAGGCUGGUGAGGAAUUGGGCAUUCCAGAGGUUCAGUUUUGGACUGCCUCUGCUUGUAGCUUUAUGGGGUACUUGCACUUUGAUGAACUUAUUAAUAGAGGCAUUAUUCCUUUCAAAGACGAAAGCUUCAUGGAAGAUGGAACACUUGACACACCCGCUGACUGGAUCCCGGGUAUGAAAAAUGUUCGGCUCAAGGACUUGCCAAGUUUCAUGAGAACAAUGUCAUGCGACGAGACGAUGUUCGAUUUCAUGGGCUCAGAAGCAAGAAACUGCCUAAAAUCCUCCGCAAUCAUCUUCAACACAUUUGAUGAAUUUGAACAUGAAGCCUUACAAGCAAUCUCAGCCAUGUUCCGCACCAUCUACACAAUAGGUCCACUUCCUUUGCUAGGCAGGCACGUCCCCGAAAGCAAUUUCAACUCCCUUUCUUCAAGCCUGUGGAAAGAAGACCCAAAAUGCCUAGAAUGGCUUGACAAAAGGGAACCAAAUUCUGUUGUGUAUGUAAACUAUGGUAGUGUCACCACAAUGACAGACCAACAUUUUAAGGAAUUUGCUUGGGGCCUCGCAAAAAGCAAACACUAUUUUUUGUGGAUAGUUAGGCCUGAUGUGGUGGAGGGAAAUGAUUCAGUAAGUUUGCCUGAAGAGUUUUUUGAGGAGAUUAAGGAUAGGGGAAUGCUAGCAAACUGGUGUCCACAACAAAAAGUGUUGGAACAUCCGUCUGUUGCGGUUUUCCUAUCACACUGCGGAUGGAAUUCUAUGAUGGAAACUGUUUCUACUGGUGUGCCUGUGAUCUGUUGGCCUUUCUUUGCAGAUCAGCAAACGAAUUGCCGGUAUGCCUGCGUGAAUUGGGAGUUUGGAAUGGAGGUUAACAACGAUGUUAAACGUGACGAAGUUGCGGGGCUCGUGAAGGAGAUGAUUGAAGGAGAUAAGGGGAUGAAGAUGAGGGCAAAGGCCUUGGAAUGGAAGAAGAAAGCAGUUGAAUCUACUGAUGUUGGGGGUUCGUCUUACAUUAAUUUUGACAAGUUGAUUAAGGAGGCUCUCUUGUCUGGUGAUAAAUGCUAAAAUUUAGGCUUGAGUUUGGUUAGAAUAUUGACUAGAUGUGCUACUAUAUAGGGCCGGCAAUAUGAGUCGCGAUACGACAAUGCGAUUCGAAAACGACAUGAAUUU